AUGAACUCGAGGGACAAUUAUGAGUUUUAUAGCUUGAAGCUGAAUUACGCGAUAUCAAAAUAUCUAGAUUUUGUUGUUGUCUAUCGAAAUGCUUGUUUAGGCUUGUCUCCAUCUGUAGAUGUAGUCGUGCAAUGCAGUUUUUUUACUUUCCCUUUUCAAAUAACAAGAUUUUUGCUUUAUUCCGUCUUCGUGUAUGCUACACAUUCGCGCAUGCUGCUAUUUGCUAAGCUAACACUAUGCGUCUUAGCAGCUCAAGAGACAAACAAUUGCAAAAUAUUUAAAAGGUUUUGA